GAUCGGUCAAAAUCAUCAACUUUCUUUUAUUAAACAAAAAAAAUUAUGUUACUAGAAAUAGAAAAUGCAAAGAAAUAUUAAAACUUUGACUUUGGAGCUCUCAAGUCGUCUCCCUCCCUCUAUUAAAAUAGCUACCAAAUGCUUCUCUCACUCCCACAACACAAACACACAUUACCACCAUGAACUCUUGCUCCUUCAAUUUAUUCAUCUUAGGUGCUAUUAUCUUUCUCCGGUGUUUUCGUUCCACCGGAGCUGCCACGUGUGAUCCUGAUGACGAAGCGGGUCUUUUAGGUUUCAAAUCGGGUAUAACCAAAGAUCCUUCGGGCAUUCUCAGCUCAUGGAAGAAAGGUACUGACUGCUGCUUUUGGAGCGGUGUCUUUUGCGUCAACAACGACCGCGUCACACAACUAAGUGUGGAUGGAGACUUUUCUCUUGACGGAAACUCUCCCUCCGGCACUAUCUCGCCGAUGCUGGCCAAACUUCAACACCUCGAGAGGAUUCUUCUCACCUCUCUUCGAAAGAUUACUGGUCCUUUUCCUCAAUUCAUUUUCCGAUUACCAAAGCUAAAUUACAUAAACAUCCAAGGUUGCCUUCUCUCUGGUCCCCUUCCAGCCAACAUCGGCGAGCUAAGUCAAUUGAAAACUUUAGUUAUCGACGGAAACAUGUUCACGGGUCAUAUUCCAAGUUCGAUAGCCAAUUUGACUCGGUUAACUUGGCUUAACCUCGGCAACAACCGCCUCUCUGGCACCAUUCCAAACAUAUUUAAAUCCAUGAAAGAGCUCAAUUCUCUUGAUCUCUCCCGCAACGGAUUUUUCGGGAGACUUCCUCCGUCGAUUGCUUCGCUUGCACCAACUCUCUAUUACCUCGAUCUGAGCCAGAACAAUCUCUCGGGGACGAUCCCAAACUAUUUAUCAAGGUUUGAGGCGCUCUCCACAUUGGUACUCUCGAAGAAUAAGUACUCGGGGGUCGUGCCAAUGAGUUUCACCAAUCUGAUCAACAUUACCAAUCUUGAUCUCUCCCACAAUCUUCUAACUGGUCCAUUCCCUGUAUUGAAAAGCAUUAACGGCAUUGAAUCUCUGGAUUUGUCGUACAACAAGUUUCACCUGAAAACGAUUCCAAAAUGGAUGAUAUCGUCACCAUCCAUCUACUCAUUGAAGUUGGCAAAAUGUGGGCUGAAGAUAAGCUUAGAUGAUUGGAAGCUAGCAGGGACCUACUACUAUGAUUCCAUCGAUCUGUCUGAAAACGAGAUCUCAGGGAGUCCGGCUAAGUUCCUCAGCCAGAUGAAGUAUCUGAUGGAGUUCCGAGCGGCAGGGAACAAACUCCGAUUCGAUUUGGGGAAGCUGACGUUUGUGAGGACUCUUGAAACCUUGGAUUUGUCAAGGAACUUGAUAUUCGGGAGAGUGCUGGCAACAUUUGCUGGACUGAAGACAAUGAACGUGAGUCAAAACCAUCUUUGCGGAAAACUUCCGGUGACAAAGUUCCCGGCCAGUGYGUUUGCGGGUAACGACUGUCUUUGUGGCUCUCCACUUUCUCCUUGUAAAGUGUAGUGGCAAGAAAACUAUAAUUAGUAUCUGUAUCUAAUGUGUCGACAGUUGGGUCCAAAAAAUAUUUGUACUAACCUUAUUAUUAUAAGGGAUUCUCUUAUUCAAGAGUUACGUGUGGCAUCUGUCCUUGUUACAUGUGUCAUCUCUCAACUUAAAUACACUAUUAUUUAGUCAAAACAGUAAAUACAUAACUUUUUUAACGUAUUAUUUUCAUAUGUGAAAAUUAGAAUUACAGGUAACAUAUGGAUUAAAAUAAAAAGUCAGGAUCGUUCUACUACCCUACUAAUUAACUCAUAUUUGAAUUAAUUUAUUUAAAUAAUACAAUAUAUUUAACAACUAAAUAAUACUAUAUUUAAUCAUUAUACAUAUAUUUGGCACACGACGAAUCUGAACAUGGGUGAAAAAUGCUCUAUUCAUCUACACUGGAAACAGAGAGAAAAUUAAGAAGCUACAGAAAAUGGUACAGACAAAGAUUGUCUUAAGAAGAUGACUAUGGUACCGAGGUUUUGACAAGAAAAUGUACCUCUCUGUGCAAGUUCACUAGCCAUUGUUUUUUUCCUAUGAGAUCUUGGGGCAAACCCAGUCAAGUAAUUU